AAAAAAAACAAUCAACAUGUUGGCCACAAAUCAACCAUUCCUUCCAGCAAUCCUGUGCAAGUGCUUUCUUAGCAGAAACAGAAACAACCCAAGGAGAUAGCUCAAUCUGUCCUCCUGGUUUUGUAAACUUUGCUUCCAAAUGCUCUCCAUACACAUAUGUACAAUCUUUCAUGAAUGUGACCACAUGUUAUGGAAAUUAUAAUUGUCUCUUUCCAUCCUUGAAUUGCUUUAAUCAAAAGUGUUAUCAAGCAUAUAGAUAUUUGGGUGAUUCUUGUGAAAUUGACGGUCAAUGUUUACAAGAUACAACAACAUAUACAACUCUGAAUGAUUUUUUAGCAAAUUUCAUUGGUGUUAAAUGUAUUCAGAAUAAGUGUUCAAAAUUCAAGAUUGAAAAACGAAACAAUGGAGACUCUUGUUAUGUUGAUAACAAUGCAAAGAUAAUUUAUGGUUGUAAAGAGGGUUCUACAUGUUACAAGUACGUAACUUCUGGCCAACCUAGCAAAUGUGUGCCAAUUGUAAGGGUUGGCAAGGGAGCAGUCUGUGGAAAUGCAGAAUCUGAUGCACCUCAAUUCACUUUAUGUGGAAAUGGUUUACAAUGUAAAGAAACAUCUAAAGGAAGUGGGCAAUGGACUUGCAUGGAUAGAAUUCCAAGAGGUGGUGUUUGCAGUACUACAGGUACUGAUUUGUGUGAUAAUGAUUUGGUUUGUCGCCAAACUUCUCAAAGUGACCCAACUUUCACUUGUCAAAAUGUUCCUUCCUAUGGAGAUAGUUGUGUAAUUGACAGCGAUUGUGCCUUUUCUAAAUCAAAUAUCGUUAAGUGUAUCAAUUACAAAUGUCAAAGAAUUUAUGGAACUCCAUUGGGUGGAAGUUGUAAACAAAAUGAUGAAUGCUACACCUCCUAUUGCUCCACCUCAAAAAGAUGUGAAGAAAAACUAGAUGAUGAUAUUUGUGGCAACUCUGAUGGCUGUAAAUUAGGAGCAUGUUCUUGUGGAGGUAAAGGAACCCUCCCAUACACCUUUGGAAAAUGCACCACUCCAUGUGAUGGACCCGCCACAGAUAUUAGAGCAUGUCUCUACAAUAUGGGAAUAGAUGUUACUAGUGGAACAAGGGUAUAUCAUGGCCUGGAUAAGAAUCAAUUUGCAGAUCAAGCUAGCUCUCUCUUCACCAAAUGUAAAGUUGCCUAUAGUAGGUAUUAUUCGUGCAUGAAGAAAUCUUUGGAGAAAACUGGAAUUUCAAGUAGUGGAGAUUUGGCAGGAGUUGAUUGGCAAGCUUACUCUGCAAGUGCUUUGCCUAUUCUUCCAGAGAGAAGUGCAGCUUCUUCUUUGAAUUCUGUGAUUGGAUUGCUUGUCUUGAUUUUUGUAUUCUUGAUAAAUUUAUUGUAAAGAUUUUUUGUAAAUGAUUUCAAACAAAAUAAUCACUAAUGAAUUAUUU